UAUAAACGCACAUGCAGCAAUUUCAAAGAUUUUACUUAGUUAUAGUUAACAUAAGUAAAUUGAAAAAAAUUAAUUCUGCCCUAAUCUAUGGAUUUCACAUGACAGGGAAUACAGAUAUGCUAUACACAUGGUCUGCGGUUGUGAGGCCGGUUGGAUAUACUGCCAAAUGUUCUAAAAUGACGUUGGUAGCGAAAUUAAGUCAAUUCUCUGGCAACAGCUGUGGUGGGCAUUCGUCUUGUCAGCAUGCCAAUUGUGACAACUGCACGUUAGUGGCCUUUUAUUGUCCCUAGCACAAGGUGCACCUGUGUAAUGAUCAUGCUGUUUAAUCCGCUUCUUGAUAUGCCAAACCUGUCAAGUGGAUGGAUUAUCUUGGCAAAGGAGAAAUGCUUACUAACAGGGAUGUAAACAAUUGUGUGCCAAAAAAAUAAGCAUUUUGUGUGUGUGUAAAAAUUUGGGUCUUUUCUUUCUGCGCUCAUUAAACAUGGGACCAAGACAUUAGAUGUUGCGUUUAUAUUUUUGUUCAGUAUAUGUGUCAAACUGUUUAGACAAGCAGAAAUGACAGAGCUGGAGAGGCAGUCAAACACCACUAGAUGUUUUACUUAAUAGUGGAGCUUCACAUAUUGGUUGGAGAAACACUACCCUGUCCUAGACAUCUAGUUAUCAAUUGUGGGCCUACGCCAAAAAGCCAACUGUAAACGGCUCUCCAGUCUAAUAUUAUAAAGACCAUGAUCAUGUGACAAUCUGUUGGCCCACUACACGAGGGGUAAAGUGCACCACAUGUAUGGCUUUAUUUGCAGGUGUUUACGCACUAAUCUUCCAAGGGAUGUGUACACAACAUGGUGAAGGCAGCACAUUUGUUUGUGAAGUUGAAUAUAACCUCACCUCAUUUUGUCUAAUGACAAGUUCAGUGGUUCUCUCGUUUUGAUGCAUCACUAUGGGGAUUCGCCAGGAUCACCAACUCUUGGAAGGACCUGUCAGAAGCUUCUGUUGCAGACAAGGAGGUAGUGGCGAAGGAGGAGCGUUCGGGUACUUUGAGGUGACACAUGACAUCUCUCGCUACUGCAAGGCCAAGGUGUUUGAGCAUGUGGGCAAGACCACACCUAUCGCCAUCCGCUUCUCCACCGUGGCUGGGGAAUCGGGCUCAGCCGACACAGUGAGAGACCCACGUGGUUUUGCAGUCAAGUUCUACACUGACGAGGGCAACUGGGACCUUACUGGCAACAACACCCCCAUAUUCUUUAUCAGGGACGCUAUGCUGUUCCCAUCCUUUAUCCACUCUCAGAAGCGCAACCCCCAGACUCACCUAAAGGACCCAGACAUGGUGUGGGACUUCUGGAGCCUGCGGCCUGAGUGUAUGCAUCAGGUGUCCUUCCUGUUCAGUGACCGUGGUCUGCCUGACGGCUUCCGCCACAUGAACGGCUACGGCUCCCACACCUUCAAGCUGGUCAACGCCGAGGGUCAGCCUGUCUACUGCAAGUUCCACUACAAGACCGACCAGGGCAUCAAGAACAUGAAACCUGAGGAUGCCGAGCACCUGGCUUCCACCGACCCGGACUACGCCAUCCGAGACCUUUACACCUCCAUCGCCAAUGGCAACUUCCCCUCCUGGUCCUUUUACAUCCAGGUCAUGACCUUUGAGCAGGCAGAGAAGUUCCAGUGGAACCCCUUUGACCUGACCAAGGUGUGGUCUCACGAGGAGUACCCUCUCAUUCCUGUGGGGAGGUUGGUGCUCAACAGAAACCCUGCUAACUACUUUGCUGAGAUCGAGCAGCUAGCCUUUGACCCCAGCAACAUGCCCCCAGGCAUCGAGCCCAGCCCUGACAAGAUGCUGCAGGGGCGUCUGUUCUCCUACCCAGACACACACCGGCACCGGCUGGGCGCCAACUACCUGCAGCUGCCCGUUAACUGCCCCUUCAGGACCCGUGUGGCCAAUUACCAGCGAGACGGGCCCAUGUGCAUGUUGGACAACCAGGCUGGCGCUCCCAACUACUUCCCCAACAGCUUCAGUGCUCCAGAGACCCAACCCCAGUACGUGGAGACCAGGUUUAAGGUGUCCCCAGAUGUGGGCCGCUACAACAGUACUGACGACGAUAACGUCACACAGGUGCGUACCUUCUUCACUAAGGUGCUGAACGAGGAGGAGCGCCAGAGGCUUUGUCAGAAUAUGGCUGGUGCCCUGAAGGGAGCCCAAGUCUUCAUCCAGAAACGCUGGGUUCAGAACCUGAUGUCUGUGCAUGCAGACUAUGGAAACGGGGUCCAGGCCCUACUCAACAAUGCUGAGCCCAAGAAGGACGCUGUGAGAGUGUAUACCCGUGGAGGUGCAGCUGCCAUCACUGCCUCCUCCAAGAUGUGAUGCCUUGACUUCCACCUGGGGGGGGCAGUUCCACCUUUUGCGCUUACCAGCCUGCUAUCCAAGAUCCUACUUCUAACCGUCCGUGAAUGCGAUAGCUAAUGAAAUGGGAAAUUAUCAUAUUUUAAUAUUCCUCAGGCUGCUUACAACAUUGUUCUAACGUGGUUCCUGUCCAUUUUGCCAAAGUUCACACAGAAAUGUAUGUAGUCAGACCGCAGCCCUAUGGGAGAAGAUCUGUCCCCAAACUACAUCUGUCAAAUAUACAGGUCUGCUGUCUGACAUGUUCAUGCCAUUUUCAGUAUAGUGAUCCAUCUCUUCCCAAUUAUGUAUAGUUUGUGUGUCCGUGUUUCAUCGAAGCCCUGAUAGUUAAGCUUAAUAGAGGUAUCUGUUAGCCUAUAUGCAAAAAAUGACAUUUAUCCUAGUUUAAAAAAACACCAAUGUUUUUGAAUGAGAUUCCUAAUUAUUUUGCAGUUUAAACUUAAGUCCUCUUCAAAAGUGUUCCUGUGUUAAGGCCUACACCAUUUUCCUUGUUUAUAUUAGAAAUAGUUGCCGGCCAUCGAUCGGUGAGAGUGACUGUGAUUGGGUCGUGAAAGAAUGUUUAAGUCAUCGUCCUCGCUGCCAAACCAACACAGCAGUGCCUUUUUGGUUAGACACGUAUCCAUAGUCACCAUGGCAUUAUAAAGGGUUUGCAAUGACUUUUAUGAAUAAUCUCAUGUACCAAAUGUCUUCUGUAUAUUAGUGUUUUUUUGUGUACAUACUCUGAAUCACUAAAGGGUCUGGGUUGAAUUAGGGCUGUGGAAACAAGAACCACUACUGUUUACUGAGGAGAAAUCAUAGUCCUUAUCCCUUCUCACAAGUCUCCCUACACGUUUUCUAUGUUCCAGCUGAGCCCUGGGCUGUUAGUGUUUCUGUGCUAGGUAGCAUUCCCCAUCAUAUCGCCUGUCUGAAGUGAUUUGUUAUAUUAACAUGCAAUUGUGAACUUUGAACCACAAAAUAAGAUGCAUUAUUGAGUGCUUGAUCUUACAAUUUAUGCUAAUAUAUCCAACGGCAAUGCUA